AUGGUUUUAGAUUCCAUAUCAAUGACAACAGCUAAAAAUAUUUUAGAAAAAGUCUCUGAUGAUGAAUUACGUGGUUUAAUGAGAUCAUUUUUAAAAUCACUUGAUCCUGUUUUAUUAAAAGCUGCACGACGUGGAUCAACAAAUAUAACAUUUACUGAUGAACAACUUAUUCAUUCAUUAUCAUCAACAGCUAAUGAUAUUGCUCAUAAUUCAGAUUUAUUACGUCGUCUACAUUAUAUUGUUGAUGAUGCAUUUGGUGAUAUGAUUGAUAAAGAAAUCGAACGUUCAAUGUCAUCAAAUAAAUUAAUAAAAAAACAAAAACAAAAACAACAAUUAAAUAAAAGUAAAUUAGAACAUGAAGGUGCAUCAGCUAUAAGUCAAACAAUAACUGAAACACGUGAAUUUUCAUCAUUUCGUACGGAUGUAUUACGACGUUUACAUACAACACUUAGUGACUUAGUUGAAAAUUUUAAUGAAGAAUUUCCAUUAAGUUUAUCAUCAUCAACAGCACUUGGUAUUGCAUCUGAUACAUUAAUAUCUGAUAAUAGAACAAUAAUUGGAACAUCAAUUGAAUUAAGUGAUAUUCAUGAAAAUCGUCAUUCAGCUACUGGUGGUGGUGGUUCAUCAUCAUAUAAUAUUAGUUAUGGAAGUGAUUCAGAAACAUCAUACACAAAUGGAUCUAGUGGACGUCACAAAAGUUUUAUGUUUUUUGAUGAUAAUCAUUUACGUACAGUUGCAGAUAAUUUAUCGGCAGCAAAACCGGAAAAAGUUCGUCUUCGUGCAUUAAAUGAUCUAUUAAAUUAUGCUCCGAAUGAAGUGAUUUCAAUUGGUAGUUGGAAAAUACUUUGUCCAAAUUUAAUUGUUGCAUUAGGUGAUACUAAUCUUGAAAUAGCUAUGGCUUGUCUUACAUUACAUUCACGUUUAUUAGCAGCAGCAGCAAAUAUGAGUGUUCUUUGUGAAACGCUUACUAAUCUCGUUGAUCAUUUAGUACAAUGGUUUUCAUCAUCGAAUGUUACUGAAUUACAACCAACAGCUAUUUCAAUUGAUAUUCAAAAUUCAAUCAUUGAAAUGAAAUUUAAACAAAUUCGUCUUAUACUUGAAUUUCUUCAAGAAACAACGAAAUAUUGGAUGAGAUAUUCAGACAGUCAUGUUGAACAUAUUAUUAAUGAGACUAUACGACUUUUUUCUUUUGGCUCAAUACCAUCGGAACCAAAUGGUGCUCGAAUACUUCCACUUCAUUUUGUAGCAUUACUUGAUCCAGAAGCUAAUUGGUUUCGUACAUGGAUGUUAAUAAAUGCAUAUCAAUCAAUUGUUAAUUAUGCUCAUGCACAUUCUCAACAAAUGCAUAUGGGAAAUGAUGGCAAUGAUAAUUCAUUAUAUCCAUCGGGCAUUCGAAAAAGGCCUAUUGGUACGGCUUCAUCUGAUGGUAGUAUUCGAUCAAUGAUAACAACAACAAGUGGACCACCAUUAGCACCAUCUUUUCUUUCAAAUUUUGUACCACCACCUAUAUCUCUUGCACCACCGAUUCCUCCACCACCAGCUGUACCGGCAAGUUCAUCACAUUAUACACGUCUUGAGCUUGCUAAUGUACAUUUUGUUCAUUCACUUUCAUUAUUUGAACAUGUUGUUUGUUCAAAACAAGCACGUCAAAUACUUUUUCCAAUCGUGAUUAAUAAUGAUAAACAAAUUAAUGUUAAAGAUAUACUUCGAGUAUUUAUUCAAAUAAUGUUUGUUUCAAAUAGUGGAAAAGCAGCAUCAUCUUUAUGUUGUCAAUUAUUUAAAAGACUUUGUUUUGAAUCAGAUACAUGUGGUCCAUUAAUGUGUAGUGAUGAUUUAUUUGAUAUAUUAGUUAAACCAAUAAAACAAUAUCUUGGAACAAAAAAAAAUUUUAAUGAUUAUUUAAGAUCAAAUAAUAAUAUUGUUCAUGAAUGUGGUCUUAUUGGUCUUGCUGAUUUACUUGCUGUUAUGGCAUCAAAUGAUAUUGGAUAUCAAUAUCUUAUACGAGCUUCAACAACAUCAAAUAUAGGAUCACCAGCAUUAUUAAUUGUUAAUUAUGUUAAACGUAUAUUACAUCCAUAUAUAAAUAAUCGAUUAAGUUUAAUAACACCUGACUUAUCAUUAACAACAUCAUAUUCAUUUAUGCCAACAGUAUUAUUAUCUGAAUUUAUUUAUGUAUGUCGAUUAAUUUAUUCUCGUACAUCGGGUUUACUUGCUAUCAAACGAGGACAAUUACAUAAAAUACUUGCUGAAGCAUUUAAAAUUGAGAUGGAAAAAAAUAGUUCACCAUCAUUAAAUCGAAGUCCAUCAGCUGAAUCCGAAGAUCAAAUGAGUCGUAAUAUUAUGCCAUGGAAAGAAACAUUACUUGAUAAUUUACUAUUGUUUGGUGCAACACCAAAAGGAAUGUAUCUUUUAACACAAACUGGUUUUUUACCAGAAUGUGUUAUUUAUAUUGAUGAACGCUGGCGAUUAAAAGUUCAAGUAGGUAAAUUAGAACAAUAUGGUUAUGGAUAUUUACUAUCACAAAUGGCUAAUACACCAGCUGUUGUUGCACGUCUUGAUCAUUCAGGUUUUCUUGAAUAUUUAAUUGAACUACUAUGGACGGAAUUAGAAAAUGUACCUGAUGAUUUAACAAGUGUAUUUCCUCGACGUUUUCCAUCGGAUGCAAUUAGUCGAUAUGCUUUAAAACCUUUAUUAAGUCUUCUUUCACUUGUUUCAUCAUUUUCUGCUGCUUAUGAAUUAUUAUCAACAGAUAAUAAUGAAUCAUUAACACCAAAUAAUGUCGAUAAAAAUCCUAAACCAUGCACACUUCUCACUUUACUUGAACGAAUUUGUUUUGUUAGUGAUGAUACUGGUAUUCGAAGUCUUCUUUGUUAUGAACAUACACAUGCUGCUGGAUUAAGAUUAUUAUCAAUCAUGCAAUCAGAUUUAGAUGUUCAAUUACUGCUUGAAACAAAAUAUAAUUAUAUUGAAAAAUUAAGACAAGCACAAGCCGAAAUGGAAUCCGGUGGAAAUAUUAUUUUAGAUCAAUUAAGUUUAGCACGUAAUCAUGUUCUUGUUAAUGGAGAAUUAUUAGGUGGAUCUCAAGAGAAAAAUAUGCCACCAUGGACAUUAAAUGAAAAUGAUUUAACAUUAUUAACAUCAAUACCAUUAUUUGCUGGUUCUAUGCCAUUACCUGAUUUUUAUACAAUUAAAGCAACUUAUGGAGGAUUAAAUAAUACGAAAAUCGAAGAAACUGAAUUACAUCGUCUUGUAAGAAGUUCUCGACCAGAUCGACUUGAUGAUCGUUGGUUAAAUAAAUGUCGUCAUUUAUUUAUGGCUACACUUCGUCAAUCAACUCAAGAAUCUCUACCACUUUCUCUUAUGGCUGAUUUACUUGAUGCUGUUGUUGAUAUUCAUGAUAAACUUCAUAUUGAUGUUAUUUUUAAUUCAUCUCGAGAUUCAUCAUCAUCUUCAGUUACUGUACAAAAAGCUGAUCUAGUUAAAUUAUCAUCUGCAAGUACAUUAACUCCAAUACAAGAACUUGGUAUUAAUAAAGCAUUAAAUUAUGGUGUUCGUAUUGGACUUGUACAAGAUCAAUCUGUCAGCCAACAAAAUCUUAUUCGAUUACUAAAAGCACUGAAAACACAUUUAAAACAAAAAACAGCAAUAUCAUCUACAUCAUCAUCAUCAUCAUCAUCAUCAUCAUCAAAUACAACUAAUAAAACAAUUGCAUCAACAUCAACAAAUUCUACAUUAGCUAACUUAAUAGCUGCAGCUGCAUCGGAUAAUAGUGGAAAUAAAUUAAAUUAUACAUCAUCAACAGAUGCUUAUCCCGGUUUUGAUUGGUUUUCGACAAGUAUUUUUCUUUUAAUGGGCUGUGAUGAUGUACGUUCAUGGCGAUGGUUACGUACAUUUUCAUUACUUUUACCAGCUGGUUUUCUUUGGCAUGCACGUCUUUUUAAUACACAAUUUGUAAGUAAUGAAAUGAGUAUAAAUGGUUUACAUCCUGUUUAUGUUGGUUCUGGUCAUUGUGUUGAAUUAAUAGUUGAACAAGAAAUGGCACCAGUUUUUGCUGCUUUUCGUAUGUCAGGUUUCGCUAUUUCUCAUAUGGUUGUACAUUGGACAAAACAAUGUUUUUGGUCUGUAUUAGAUUGGCCAGAAAUUAUAACAUAUUUAUGUGUGUGUAUACUUUAUGGUAUUGAUUAUCAAGUUUAUUUUUGUGUUGCACUUCUUCGUCAUUUACAACAAGAUAUUAUAUAUCAACAUUCAUCUCGAAAUUUAUUACCAUUUCUUAAAUGUCAUCAAAUUCGAGGAUUUUCAAUGCGUAAUGCAAUUGAAUAUAUGGUAACAUUAGAAAAAAAAUAUCGAUCAAUAGUUAUGCCUGAACUUAAAGAACUUCUUUGUCUUAAUGCUAAUGUAUCAAAUACAACUAAUAAACAAACGAAUGUUUAA